CCGCCUACUGGCACUAGCUGUCCGCUGCGAUUUUAAAACAAUCGCAUGAUCCCAUAGGAAUGUAGUGUGGUUUUCUCUUCAAUUUUUCUUUUAAACAUGAGUGUGACCAAAAAUGUCGAGGUACUAUGUCGAAUUUGCAGUGAGGAAAACAACGGAACGAAUAUUUACGGAGAUGAAGGAAUACGUAAUAAAUUGGAAGCGAAAAUAAGAAGCUACUUGCACAUAGAGGUUUCAAAAGAUGAUCUGCUUCCAAAAACAGUAUGCAUUUCCUGCUCUGAAAAAUUAGAUGGACACCACGAGUUUGCCUUAAUGGCUUUAAAAGUACAAGACAAACUUUAUAGUCUCGUGAAUGGCCAUGAUUAUACAAGCUCAUCAAAGAAAAAAGAAGAAUAUUCGGAAGAUAGCAAUGAUGUUGAGGAAGAACAAGAGGAGGUGGAUGAUGAUGAGGAAGAUUGUGAUGAAGAGGAAAGCGAAGAUAAUGAAGAAGAGGAAGAGGCAGAUUGCAAUGAUAAUGGAGAAGACAAUGAAGAAAUGGAACAUUCAGGAAGUUUAUUACAUUCUAUUUUGACAAACGUAAGUCUACCGGGUCGACAAUCAGAGAGUGCUGAAGGUUCAGAGUCCAUGGAGGUUAGAGUAGAUCCAAUGUUAUUCUUCUCUGGGCAAGAUGAUAACAGUGUGGAUGGAGAGGAAAGCACACAAACUAACAAAGAGCUGAAGGAUGGGAAGCCUUAUCAGUGUAGUGUUUGCCCACGAGGUUUCAACUCAGAGAUCAGCCUACAGAACCACUUGUGGAGCCACCUGUCUCGGAGAGUCUUGUCUGAUACGGACCUCAACUCUCGCCUAAGGAGUAAAGGUGGAGGCAAGGGCACUGUGUACUCGUCCAACGGUGUGCUCCACACUGUGGGAGGCCUCCCUGUGACUCACCCUCACCAGUGCCCCAUCUGUGGACGACUCAGCUCCACCAAGGGCAACCUCAAAGUACACCUAGAGACUCAUCGGCCCAAGGGCAAGUACGCCUGCGAUAUCUGUGGAAGGAUAUUUAAGACACAGUCUAACCUGUAUCGCCACAAAGAGUAUCAUGGAGGGGACCAGUUUACAUGUGAGGUUUGCGCUCGAGUGUACCCUACCAAGAGCACUCUGCGCGCGCACAGUAUUACUCACAGCGACCUGCGGCCUCACCAGUGUCCGCUGUGCGACAAGACAUUCAAACGUAAUCAGGAUCUCAAGUUUCACAUCAACCAACACACAGGCGCCAGACCAUACAAGUGUCCGUUUUGUCCCAAAGCUUUUGCAAGUUCUGGCAAUUGCUUCUCUCACCGCAAAAGAAUGCAUCCCGGGGAACUAGAGAGGUACAAGGAGAUGGCGAACGGCUACGUCCAGUAACUGUGAUAAAUACAGGUCAAAGUCUGCCAGUAAAGUCCGACCAACAUGUUGGUUGAAACCUUUUGGUUGAAAGGUUGGGUGGUUUUAUAUGAUACAGAAAUACAUUUACCAUCUCAAAUGAAAAAAUAAAAUAUGGUUUGGCGUAUCACAGAGGAAAAUCUCCAACACAUAUAGAUUUAGUUAUUCUCUUGUAAGAGACCUAUCUUUUUUUACUUAUUGGGUGUUAUCCAUAGCGAAAGGUAGAAUCACCAGGGCUUGGAAUGUUCACAUAGCUAUAACUCGAUGGAGGUUGGCAGGAUUUGAACCGGGUCUCUAGGACGGAAAUCCAGUGCUCUAAUCAUUAUCCCAUUGCUCUAGAGGCGAGCACCUAGAAAAUAGGAUAAGGCUCAUACCAAUCACGAGGAAAAGGAGGAGAAGGCAUGUUAUGUUGUUUUUCUAUUAGGGCUAUAGUCUUAACAACGCCAUCUUUAUUCUAAAAUACCCCCGCCGCAGCAAUCCUGCCGACUAUGUGAAUUUCCAUUUGUCUGAAUUGAUUUUCAAUCAAAUCUUUUUAAAUAACAUUAGGUUUAAAGAGUUCCUAGGUUUGUUGCUACAAGGAAACUAAUAAAGUGUGUUUUUUUAGUAAAACAUAAAUUUGCCAAGUUUGACCAAAAUAUAUCCAUAAACAAGCAAACUACAACAUUUUACAAUAUUCUCAAUAAGAAAAACAUGGGAAUUUGAAAUUUACGAUUUUUUAAAUUUUCUCCGUUUCCAAUAACCGUACAAAAACCCUUCGAUAUACUAAAUUAUUUAUUUUUUAAGCUCUUUAAAAAUGUCUAAAGAGAAAUUGGGAAAUAUUGUGUUUUGAGGGUCAAAAAUGAGAAAAACCAUUUUUACCCCAUAAAACCCCCUGUAAAACCUCGUUCCCAUGUCGUCUGAUCAUGCUGGUUCGCGGAAUCAUUCAAGUUUAUCCCGCCUUAAACCUUAAAACGAAAAUUCAUCAAAAUCUGACAAAAAAUUUCAUGGACAUAUAUAUAUAUAAAUUUGAACGAAUGGUGUUUUUGGCCUCCGGGUACAUCAAAAUGAAAAAGUAAAUCGGUCCCAGGCCUAGAUCUUAUUGUGCCACCUACGGUAAUAGCUACUUCCCUAUAGGGAAAUUCGCUUAAAAAAAGAGAGGCUUUAACUGAUCUUGAAAUUUAUUUUUUUAUCCAAUCAGGAAUCCUUAUAGUUUACACAAGGCUGUUAUAUGAGCUGUUAGCCUAUAUGAACAGAAGAUUUGGCCGAGCACACUUAAAGACUUUUGUUAUAUGACUAUAGCUAUACACUUAUAGACUAUAGUUUUAUGAGCACACUCGUAUAGUUUUACAAUUCCUUUUCAUUCGUCGUUUUAUUACUUCUUGUAUAGUUAAUUGAAAAAGUACAAACAGAAAUUAGUACGAGUAGUAACUUGCUUUUUAACUCACCCUCUCCUGAGAUCGGUUCUUAUCAAAUGUUUAAGGUCUCAUAAUACAAGUACUUAACUUAAGCGCUUGAGGUGUUCUCUAAACAUGUUGGUCCGACUUACAAGGCAUUUUUAUUCUUUACAGGAUAUACAAUAUUCAGCUUUAGACAAUAAAUGUAUAUUUCACACACACAAGGGCAUUUCUUUACAAUAAUGUGAUACAGGUAUUUAUUAUUUUUUGCAGUUGUUACUCCAUAGAUACAGGUUGUUAUACAGAAUAAUAUAUCUGUUUAGUUGAAAUAGUUACUCUUUGCUCACAAGAAUGUUAUUCACAUAGUUAUUAAUUAGCAAGGAAUAUACAUUUGUCUCAAGAUAUCAACUAACCUUUCAACAAAACCAACCUUUCAAAUAAUUAUUUUGUUUGAAUGAAUACUUAAAAACCCCAAUUCAAUUCUUAUGAAUUAUCAGUGUGUAUUUUAAGCUUAAUAUGAAUACAAGGUGAGAGUAAAAUAGAGUGAAAUUUUCUGUGUAGCUUUGUUACUGACUUUAAGCUGUUUCAUUGUCAGGAUUUCAUUUAUUAAAAGCCCAAGGACAUCUGGGCCCAGUUUCAAACUAUCAAUAAACUACUCACUUUUCUAAGAUCAGCAACCUUUUGGUUGUUAGGCGAGCACUAUAACCUUAGCUUUAUUUUAUGACUACUUACCUCUGUAGUUCUGUAAUCAUUACUUGAAUACACUUAGGUUACAAAUCACUAAUUUACCAUUACGAGAGUUUGAAUUAGUCAAUUAUUGAAUUGACUACAGGCUUUUAAGUCGUUUCAAAAUUGGACCCAGUUGACUUUUAAUUUUGGGCUGUAAAUAUGAUAAUCCUUGUUCGAGAAACAUUUGAUCUUAGUCAGUUACAAAGCAUACACCAUUGUCCUCCACUCAUAUUCUGUUUAAAAUGUACUACAUUGCAUUACUGUCUUAUGAAAUGAUAGAUGAAUAUAUUAUUUUUAUUUGUGUGUUGUGUUGUAGCCAUUGGCAAUUUUUUAAAGUUUUUUUGUACGGGAAAGGACCUCUAAUCUUGUUACGAGGGUGGUUUUUUAAUUAAGUGCCGCUUUUGUGUAUAAAUCUGUAGUACACUUCUAUGCCACAACAAGGGUUCUCGCCACAAACUGACAUCAUUUGUGAACAGAAUGAUCCCGUUUGCAGCUCUGUAGCUGACAUGUACACUUCGCUGUGUGUUUAGUAGUGUUAUUUAAAAUGGGCGUGAAAAUGUUUAUUUUUGAAGAAUUUUUUUAGUGGGUACAUAGACUUCUCACAGAAGACCACAAAGAGAAAAUGAUUUUUUUUACACGGUGAAAAUGAUUUUUUUUUACUUUUUACCACAGCCAUUUUUACACUUCAUAACAAGGAGCCUCGUUGCGACAUUUGAGCGAACUACAGAUUUAUCUUCAAAAACAGCCUGUACUUGGAAAACCGUCCCUCUUACUGAUGAUGUUCUUUUGUUAGAAUGCAUUAUUGAAUGAUUGUGUCCUAAUCAUUGAAUAAUACAUGUUUUACACAUUAAAUUAUUCAAAUAUUGUGGAUUGAUUUUAUUAUAAUAAUUUUCUUUGUAAUUUGUUAACGAGGUAUGUAUGAGGUAUGUUGAAUGGGUUAACAUAGUAUAUUCCUUGUUCUUGCACCAAACUGAAUAAUUAUGCAAGCCAUACUCCCAUUAUAAUGACAAUUUUCUUUGAGUUUCACUUUUACAUGCCAAUGUAUGUGUUGCCAUUAUGUUAUGAUAUUAUGUUGUUAGUUAUUAGUUGAUUAACCUUUUAGUAUUCAAGUUUUUACUUUAAACCGUUUUAUAUUUCAGUUAAACAUUUUGAUGUUUUUAUUAAA